GCUUCCGUAAAUCAGCCGGGCAUUGUGAGGUGUCAGGUGAGAGAUCACUGUCGGGAGCGGGUUAAUAAACCCAGGGCAGGGGGGCGGGGUUUACAAAUUAUGAGUGCCGCCCCAGAGCCGAAUAUUAAACAAUGAAAAACAAAAACAGAAUUACCUGGAAAAACUCAGCAGGUUUGGCAGCAUCGGCGGAGAAGGAAAGAGUUGAUGUUUCCAAUCCUCAUGACCUUUCAACAGAACUCAAUGAACAAUGAACAUUCUCCACUCUCGUUAUCCGCCGCUUCCGGCUUCUCUCCGGGAACAACCUCAAACAAAGAGACGAGGGAGAGACAGUGGCCUAGUGGUAAUGUUACUGGAUCAGUAAUUCAGAGGCCCACUCAUUACCCAAGACAUUAUCACUCGCUGCGUCAAAAGAAGUUCUUCCUCACAUCUCGCUUCUGUAUUUCUUGCACAAAAUCUUUUUGAUUAGUUAAUGGGAACAAUUAAUCUUUAUCUACCUGGUAUAAAACUAGCAUAAGUUCUGUUGAAGAGUCAUACGGACUCGAAACGUUAACUGUGUUCCUCUCCGCAGAUGCUGCCAGACUUGCUGAGUUUUUCCAGGUAUUUUUAUUUUUAUUUUAUAAACUUGUAUACCUCUAUCAAAUCUCCCAGCAAUCGGUUUCACUCCAAGAAGAACAAUCCCGAUUUCUCCAGCCUAACCUUGCAACUAUAAUCCCUCAUUCCUGGAACCAUUCUGGCAAAUCUCCUCUGCACCCUCUAAAGAACCCUCACAUCCUUCAUAAUGUGUGGUUUGCACAGACCCAGAUGUUCUGUGUUCGUGUCUGUGAUGUCAUCACAUGCCGACAAUUGCGCGGUGACAUCACCCCCCUCCCCAGGUAUUUCCUCAACUGGGAGAUUUUUCUCUGACUCCAGUGCGUCUGAUAUCUUUCCAGCUGCAGGCUCCAGCAGGAGAUUUUAAAAUUGAAAACAGUGGAGUUGUUUCAGAGGCUUUAUUUGCAGAACUGAGUCUAGAAACACAUACAGACCAACUCAGAGCUAGUUUGUAGCAGGAUAGGCAUUGGUGGCAGACGUUCGCCCCUGGCCUCCACUACAGGUCCAUUUUCUUCAAGUCAUAUAGAAGGAGGCUCUUUAUCUCAUUGUGCCCGUGCUGGCUCUCUCUGCAAGAUCUGAUCGGUUAGUCCCACAAGAUCAGCAUAUAUUACCAGUCCCCAGUUACCUGUGGAGAAGAUGUUUUACCUUCUUGACCCGCUGCUGUCUGUGUGGUGAAGGUGUUCCCACAAUGUGUUAGGGGAUUUGCAGUUUGGAAAUUCAAACCUAACAUCAUAUCAGGAUCUGGUGAAGUCACCCAAUUUACUGGACUUUGAACAUGGAAGGAAAAAUCACUGUUCACAGUGGGAAGAAACCGUAUACGUGUUCUGUGUGUGGACGAGACUUCAGCCGAUCAUCUGACCUGUCGAGACACAAGUGCAGUCACAACAGGGAGAAGCUGUGGAAAUGUGGGGACUGUGGGAAGGGAUUCAGUUACCCAUCUGAACUGGAAACUCAUCGACGCAGUCACACUGGAGAGAGACCGUUCACCUGCUCUGAGUGUGGGAAGGGAUUCACGAAGUCAAACAACCUGUUGAAGCAUCAGCGAGUUCACACUGGGGAGAGGCCGUUCACCUGCUCUGACUGUGGGAAACGAUUCACACAGUCAUCGCAACUCCUGACGCACCAGCGUGUUCACACUGGCGAGAGACCUUUUAAAUGCUUAGUCUGUGGGAAGUGCUAUAAAAGUUCCUGGGAACUGAUGUCCCAUCAACGUGUUCACACUGAGGAGAGGCCUAUUAAAUGCCUGGACUGUGGGAAGUGCUUUAAAAGUACCAGUGAACUGAUGCUUCAUCAACGUGUUCACACUGAUGAGAAACCGUUCAGGUGCUCUCACUGCGGGACUGGGUUCAGGCAAUCAUCUCAACUCUCUACACACCAGUACAUCCACACGAGGGAGAGGCCGUUUACCUGCUCUGAGUGUGGGAAGGGAUUCACUCAGUCCUCCACCCUGCUGAGACAUCAGCAAGUUCACACUGGGGAGAGGCCAUUCAUUUGCUCUAAGUGUGGGAAGAGAUUCACUCAGUCAUCCCACAUGCUGAAACACCGGCGAGUUCAUGAGUGACUGCAGGGGUUGGAUUCUGCUGUUAAUCAUAUUCAGGACUGAACCAUGUUCAUUGUAGUCUAUUUUUGCUGAUGUUAAUAAACUCCAGCCCAGUUAUUGGGGUUAAUAUUCUGGAUAAAA